AUGGAUACGGGAGACCGCGGCGAAAAACGGAAGGUGGAGGACUUCUCGACGCUGUACAGCCUGGACCACGGCCCCACCGCUGCCGCCACGCCGUCGCACGGGCCCACCACGCCCCCGCGCUCGCUGCCCGAACACACAGGUAAGCCCUCUUCUGCCUCUGCAGACCCAUCUCCCAGCCUCCAGUUUUACGUGAAUGAGCCUGCGAGUGAAUGGCGUGGAGAGGCUGAGUCGCAGGAUGUGUGUGAGACCGGUGGCGACGGAGCUUUCAAAAAGGUGAAGAGCGAGGGCGGCAUGUGCACCACGGGGCACUCACCCACGCCCACGCCCACCACGUGCCCGACGCCCGCCCGCAGGAGACACCGAACAACCUUCACACAGGAGCAGCUGGCUGAGUUAGAGGCCGCGUUCUCUAAGAGUCACUACCCAGACAUCUACUGCCGGGAAGAACUCGCUCGCAAGACCAAACUGAACGAGGCCCGAAUCCAGGUAUCCUCCAUCAUGGCUGUCAUUUCACCUGUCAACGGCGACUUAUGGCUUGACUGCUUGACGGGGAAACCAAGCCACGAAUGA